AUGAAUGAUGCGGAGAGGGAUGCCUCGACAGUGCUGCAACUGGUGGAAGCUUGCUUCCCUAAGGAGAGUGUGCAGUUCAUGGAGAAACCUAAUUUCCGCCGCCGACUUCUCCUGGAACCACUUUCGUCGUUCAUGCUUACGAGAUCCAAACUUAUUGCAGUUUGGCCUCCAGAACUGGUGUCCGUACAGUCAAUUAUGUUGAACAAUCCUACUGAACCUACUAACGUCGAUUGCAUCAGUAGACAACGCCACUACAAAAUUGUUGGAUUGUUAUGCUUGCUCGAUAAUGAUAACUACCAGAAUAUGCAUGCCAUCUCGUGGAACCCCUGUACGACGGGAUUCACAUUCGAAUCACCACAAAUCAGAGGCAGAGCCCAUGUUGUCUGCCGUUCUAGCUUUGGUUACGAUCAUCUCAGCGACAGUUACAAGUCUUACGGAAUUAUACGGAAGGAAGGGCCAUCUGGUUUUGAAUAUAGUUACAGAAUUUAUACAUUUGGGAAAACUUCAUCGUGGAGAAGAAUUGAGGAUGAUUUUCCAUUUGACCUACUUGACCAUACUUACGGAUCGGUUACUAAAUAUUUCCGUAAUUGGAGUGCUGGUAGAGUGGUUCUUUAUUUUGACUUGAGUAACGAGACUCAUGGUCAUUGUACCCUGCCUAACAGGGAUCCAGAAUACGACAACAAAGCACUGGAUUCUGUGCAGAUUAAGGAAUAUGAAGAUACCCAAUCUUGGACUCAGUUGGCAAUCAUUCCCUUUUACUCGCAUCUCUAUUAUACAAAUGGAGGUUGUCCCUUACAACCUCUCUACCUCUCGGAAAGUGAUGUGUUUUUGGAAGUUUCUCCAUCUUUCGGAAUAGUUUUGUACAACUUAAAUGAUUGCAGCAGCAUAGAUUUUCCUGUGAUUGACAGCUCCAGUGAUGGCACGGAGACAGGUCAUAGUAUGGCUUAUAUCUACCAUGAAAGUUUAGUUUCACCAAAUGGUCUUCGAAGCAACUCAUCCAACAUGCCACUGCACUUUAUCAAACCCAAAUGCAAGUCUAUUGUGUCUUAA